GUUCGCCGCGAUAAGAUAGGAACUUCGUACUCCCUGGAGUCUUCGAACCGGACGUGCGCGAAUAACGUCGCGCAAAUUGUGAACGCGCCAUACUGACGUAACGGCUGCGCGGUCGAUUUCCCGCGUGGCUUAACUCGAAUGGGUUUCGGAACGCGCGGCGUGCGUGCCUGCAUGCCCCCUACCGCGUCCCGCGCUCGCGCGUCCCUCCCCCAUCUAUCUUACGAUGCGCCAGAGCGGUAUCAAGAGUAACAUUUCGCGACUUGUGGAAGUUUUAUUAUUUUUCACGGCGUCUCGGAUAUCUGCCAAGUGAAACCCAUCGUUGGAGAUCGCACGGCACAGUCUCACAUAUAAAUCUCACAAUGAAGUUUUCGGAGGGUGAAGAAGUUCUUGCCAAGCAUCCGAAUACCUCUGAAUAUUAUAAAGGAAGGAUUCUCAACGUCAGAGGUGAUCGAUAUAAGAUACACUUUGAAACAGGCAUUGAGCAUACAGUUAGAGAAAAUGACAUAAAGGCUGAGAGACUAGGGAGAACCUCGACCAGAACAAGCAGGAGAACAAAAAGUCCUACAAGACAUUCUCCUAGUAGGAAGUCACCAAGUAGGCGAUCGCCUGGAAGACAGUCGGGUAGAUCCCCUGCGAGAUCACCAUCAUUUACGUCUAGGAAAUUACCUAUUCGUAGCACACGUCUUGCUAAGAUAUCUCUGUCUCGCAUAGAUGUCGAAGGCAAUAAAACGAGCAAUCAUAAAGGAAGCGACGUAAAGUCACCGGAUGAGAGUCCAACUGAUUCGUUGCCUCUACAGCAACGCUUGAGGGAAGCUAUGACUAUAACGCAUAGACCAUCGCUUCUGAAGACUGAGCAGGAAUAUAAAUCGAUUAUAAUGAGAAGUAUUGAUAGAGCCGCCUCGCUUCCAGUGGAAAGGAAAAGUUAUGUACAAGAUUAUCCUCUGGGAGAAAAAGAAAGAGGAUACUCAAUGCAAAGAGAUCAAGAUAUAACGAAACCUUUGUAUGAAAGCGAAAAAUGGGAAACGGUGGUGAAACGUGAGAAAGAAAUAAAUAGAGUUGAUAAACCGCAAGAAUGGGGUGGAUGGAUUGGGACAUUUUUCCUCACAUUUAUAUUACCGAUGUCCGUAAUCUUACCACAACUCUUAUGCUCGGAAGGACAAUGCAAAUAUGCACUUAUAAAAUUUUCUGCUGAUGUGAAGUCUUAUAUAAAUUUAUAUACAUUGCUGUCUUACAUUGCAUUUUUAACAUUAUUGGCUUGUAUUUCGAUUAUACCGAUUGGGAAAAUUAUAGAGGGGCAGCAGAGUAAAAUUGGAAGACUCCAAUAUCGCAUAAAUGGCUUUUUGAGCGCUAUAGUGGCUAUAAUAGGACUUGGUUUAUGUGUAUACAUGAAUAUACCGGUCAGUGAAUACAUUCUGAAUAAUAUUGUGCAAUUGUCUGUCAGUGGGUGGAUUGUGGGAACGAUUUUAGCUUUGGGAUUGUAUAUUAAGGCAGGAAAAGCUCCAGUAAUCAAUCUAAAUUUAUACGCAUCAACCAACAGCAAGAUAUAUAAUUUUUGGCAGGGCAGAGAAAUUAAUCCACGAUUUGGCACUUUGGACAUCAAACUGCUGUUAAUACGAGCUUCUCUCAUUGGCACGUUGAUUGUGAACAUAGCCAUUGCGCUUAAAGCUGUUGGCAAUAUAAAGAGUCCAAAUAUUGAGAAACUUGAUGUAGCUACAUUAUUAGCUGUCUUGUUGCAGCUAUUUUAUAUUGUACAUGGAUUAAUAUACGAAGCUACUAUCUUUACGUCCUUUACAAUAAUGUACGAGGGAACUGGAUACAUGACAUGUGUUAGUCAUUUGUUGUACCCAUUCUUGACGACUCUCACUGCAAGAUUUAUAUUAUAUCAGAAAAUAAAACUUAACUACUUUGUUGGCUUAUCUAUUUUGAGCUUUAUGAUGGGAUAUGCUUUGUAUAAGUGUAGUAAUUUGCGGAAAGAUGAGUUCAGGAAGAAUCCAAUUUCGCCAACAGUACCUUAUUUAGAAACCAUCCCGACAUCACGUGGAAAAAAGUUAAUGUUGUCCGGUUUAUGGGGUCAUGUGAGACAUCCCAAUUAUUUGGGUGAUAUUAUAAUACAAUGGUCUAUCGCGAGUAUUGGCUUGGCAAAUGACAUUCUACCAUACUAUACCGCGAUCUGUUGCACGUUAGUACUCGCUUACAGAGCCGUGAGAGACAAUAAACGUUGUCAGAUGCGCUAUGGAUAUGCAUGGGAGCAGUAUUGUUCGCGUGUGAAGUACAUGAUUUUGAAACGUAUAUUUUAAGACAACAGAACGCAUAGCGUGGUAUUUUUUAAAUACCAAAUUCUAUAUCAGUUAUCACAGAAGAUAACGCUCAUUAUAUUUUAUAAGAUCUCUAAUUUUGUGCAUUUUACGAUAUUUUUAUGAGAUGAUGUAGUGAUAUAGUAUUAUAAAGUAUACAAAUAUAGAAUCGGAUAAGAGCCAAAAAUAUUUUGAUAAUAUUGACAGAUAUCACAUUAGAGAGAGAUAGAUAUAUAUAUAUAUAUUUAAGUUUAUAAUAUGAAUCUCCAUAUAUGUGAUGAGAAGCGAACAUUAUGAUACUUUGAUGAUAUUUUGAUAAAGAGAAGAAAACUUAUGUAUUUGUAGGAUAAGUAUAUGCAUAGUAUACUUGUUAAGACAUGUGCCUGUAAUAUCGAGCAUUAUAAACUUAAAAAUACAAAUUAAGAAAUUUUAUACUUUUAUAAAUUAA